AUGAGGAUCCCUAGACGGGAUGGGGAACCUUCCAAAAUGCGGAAACAGCUGAGUUACAAGAAAAGCGCGAGAUGUGUACAAUGGAUACACAAAUUUGUGGAGUGGUAUAGAAUGGAGAAAGUGGUCGGACCGAUCUGGGUGUCCACAUACUACUCAAUCAUAGUGUUUUUACUUUUUCUAUUCCUCUUCAACCUGCUCGUUGGUAUAGCCAUCCUUAUAAUGAGCUCAAAGUACAUCGAAUGCAGAAUCCCUUAUGAGUACAAAAGUCAAGCGUAUACAAAAUAUUCAAUCGUUAAAGUAACACCUGAACACUGCAAGGGAAAUGAAAAUAUAAAACAACUAAAAGGACCAAUAAACAUCCAUUAUGAGAUUUCUGGAGUGGAACAAAAUCACUAUAAUUUUUUGACCAGUUUUAAAAAAGAACAAUUACAUGGAGAUAUAUUUUUACAAGAAAAAGAACUUAAUGAAUGUUUCCCUUUAAUUACAUAUGUGCAAAAUGGCAUAAGCAAAAUACUACACCCAUGUGGCAUAUUACACUGGAAUGUUUUUACAGACAGCUACAUUUUUUAUGAUAAGGAACCGGAUGAAUCUCCAUUCCCAACCCCUUUGCCUUUGAAACAAAAGGCUGAAGAUAUCACCAUCAAAUAUUAUCGCAAGUUUUUUAAAAACCCUACUCGUGACAUUAUUAAUUUGUACAAAAAAAAAAUAUACUUUUGGAUGGAUGAAGAAAUUCAAUUACAGAUAUUACAGGAACAUGCUGAAACGAAUGACAAGCUCGUUGUCUUGCCGCAAACUUUAAAAUAUAAAAAAGCUGGACAUGCACUUGAGAAUAGCCACUUUAUGAAUUGGGUUAUUCCUUCUGCUUUUAAUUAUGUGAAACGAUUGUAUGGCAAACUGGAUGGCCCCUUAGUUUUUCCCUUUUACAUUUAUAUCGAAAAUAAUUUUAAAAUCAGCGACACGAAAAUUAUUGUCAUUUCCAAUGCCAAUUUUUACCUUAACACGACUUUGAUAGGAAUAUUUUUUAUCAUCAUGGCUGCUUUCGCACUCCUCCUGUCUUUGUUGUACUUUAUCCGGAUGAAGAGGAACCAGUUUAUGUAG